AUGCCCCACGCACGCUUCCCGCAGCCCGACGCCUCCGACUUCUCCUCCUCCCUGCGCGCUCGCUCGCCGCAGAGUCCAGCCGCCACGGGCACCGCUGCCGCAGACUCGGCCCUCUUCUCGCCCCUCUCCUUUGACGCCAGCGUGGCGAUGAGCCAUCUCGACCUGCUCGGCAACAAGGGCUUUGCCGGCGAGGCCAGCCCUAGCUUCAGCUGGACGCCGCUGCUGCAGGCGCAUAGCGAGACGGCGGCGAAGUUGUGGGGCGCUGCUGCUGAGCCGCAGUACUCCAUCGACGGCCUGCACGUCGACGACCUCGUCUUUGACUCGCACAGCUCGUCGUCGGAGAGCAGCUACGGCGCCAACGCGCCUUCUGCCUCUGCCACCUUCGCGCCUCUGCCCGCGUGGAACUCUGCCGGCAACCUUGCCGCACUGGCCGGAGCCGACUCGGACGACGAAGACUCGCCCGACGCCGCUUGGCUCAAGGCCACUUCCGGCCGUUCGCUGCGCCGCACUCGUCGUGCUCCAGCUGGCAUGGCAGGCAUGCAGGUCUCGCCGCCUUCGCCCGGCGCCGCUUCGCUGCCCGGAGGCUCGGCAGCCGGUCUCUUUGAGGAGGCCACCUCGCCGCGUGCUCUGCGCUCCACCAUCAGUGCGCCGCAGCUGCAGCGCGCCACCACGCUGCCCGAGCCUGCCUCGACGCGCAGUCAGCUCGAGAACCUCUUCGAGGACGUGGCUUGGGAUGCUACAAACGAGCCUGUGGACACAGACCAGCAGCAGCAGAAUUUCUCGUCCAGCAGCAACGCAGGCGGAGCGGGCGGCUCCUCCUCGUCUGCGGCCCAGGGAAGUCUCGCUUCUGCCGCCUGUGCGCCGCAGCAGGGAGCGCUCUUCCAGCGUCGUGCCAUUACGCACGACGGCGAGAUGCCGCAGCCUGCGCCCGUCAACACUGCGCCUGCUCAAGGCUCGAUGUCGGCGCCGCAGAUGUGCCAGCCUCUGCCGUACCCUGGCCUGCAGCACUCUCGCAGCGCCACAUUCCCCCUCUCGCACACGUGGGCCAACCUCACGCCGGCGCAGCAAGACCGCGUAGCACAGCUGCAGCGCGUCUACACUGCUCAACACACGGCCGCACGUCUCGGCGUCUACUCCGACUUCGUCACGCCCUCGCAGCAGUUCACCGGCCAGGAGUCGAGUGAGCGCGCUGCGCGUGCGGUGCAGGCUGCGCUGCUGUACGGUAUGGAGGCACACGAGCCGACGACCAGCCCGGUGGGCCAGCGUCGCAACUCUAGCUCCGGCUUGAGCAGCGCAGGUCUGCCGACGCCCAUCACGCCCAUGCACCCGCUGGCGCCUGGUCCUGGCGCAAGCCCGUCGUUCAACUACGCGCCCAUGUUCGACGACUUUGCCCAGUCGGCUGGCGGCGCAGAGGUGCCGUUCAGCUACUCGACGAUGACGCUUGGUGCGCCGCGCAACAGCAUCAGCGGCGCCGCUCGUCGUCCCAGCAACGGCCUCGGCAACGCACUUGGUCUCUCUGCGCUGCCCGCUCAGCAACAGCAUGCCGUCGACGCCAGCGUCUAUGGCCACGUGUUUGGCAACCCUUCGCUUGCGCCUAUUGCGCUGCAGCAACAGCCGAUGCAGCGCCAACAGGGCAUUCACAAGGCGCCCAACUCGAUGAACUCGCUCGCUUCGCUGGCACCGCCUUCGCCGCCGCGCUCGCCGCAGAAGCAGAAGAGCACUCCCAACCUGCGCAGCCCGCCCACCGGCACGCCCACGAUCCGCAAGAUCGCCAGCAAUCGUCGUCUCGGUGCCUCUGCAGCUGAGCCGCCGAUGCCCGAGAUGCCCCAGCAGUACGCCUCUGGCUCUCGUGCGCGCAGCUCUACGACGAGCAGUGCUUCAGGAAGCAAGACUGCCCGUCGUCGCGCUGCGCCCGAGUACGCUCCGGAGCCGGAGAACCCUCGCCCCGGCAAGAUCAGCUUCGUCAACUACGGCAUUGAGGAUGCCGACGAGCUGUGCGCGGCAGUCGCUCCCAGUGGAAGCUACAAGAUUCCCCUCCGCGGUUACGGAUCGGGAUCGCCUGCUGCGGACGCGGGAUACGAGGGAUCGCCGGUGCGCGACUUUGGCUCGCAGGGCAUGACCGCCUCGACGAGCGCCGCCCGUCGCUCGGGCCCGCGCUGGGAGGAUCGUCGGGAUGGCUCCGUCUCGCUCGAUGCAAGUAGCCCGCUGGGAGACGAGAGCGCUCAACCGCGCGCCGUCAAGCGCCACAAGAGCUCGCCCAACAUGGCCACCGCUAUGGCUGCCGCUGCAACGAGCGGCGCACCGCCGAUGCCCUCGUCGCCUGCUUCGGCGGCAGCUCGCGCUCGCACGCCGAAGCGCAAGCCUUCGCGCGCUGCUCUUGCGCAGUGA